GGCUGGCAUGAUGGAGCGGAGGUGAGCUGAUAUUGGGGGACAAGUCUGGAAAAUAAGCGCUUGAAUACAACAAAAGUGGGUGGAGUUAAGAUUGCCGUAGGUAGAGGAAAGAUAGUUUCUGUCACACACCUCCAAGCCAUGCGUUAUGAUAACUGUGACCUCCGUUUGUGAAGAGAAUGCACGAGCAUGAAGCAGCGGCAGACAUGCGGCUGGUCCAUCGGAUCAACACAGGUAUGAAGAUCCAGGCGGGGGGCGAGCACAUGGGGUGCGGCGGAGUCAGAGAAGAUCAGAAGAGCCAGGUCAUCUGUCUCCAGUGUCAGGACGAGGGUGUGCGGGUCUGUCCAGGAAGUCCGCGCAGUCCUCGCUGCGCUAUCGCGACGCGUCUCUCCUCCGGAUCCGCAGACCGUGAGCCCAGCAGUGGCAGCUACAAUGUCUCUUCAGGAACCUUCUACAGCUGCGUCAGUCAGAUCACCAUCGGGUUUGACCUGGGGGGUCAAGUUGCCAUUGGUUUCUCCCACUGGAAGAGUCCUUUCCCUGGGAACAGCCAGAACCUUCCGAGUCCAGACUGCGUUCACUCUGAGGCCUCUGCAGUCCCGCCCAGCAGCGAGCACCUGGAGCCGGUGUCCUGCCCGGCGUCGCUGUCAAUCAGCCCGCUGCCCACCUUCAGUGCAAGCCAGGAAACGCUCUGUGACAGCAGCACAAGUGUGAGUUUAUCUCUACAUGGGUUUGAGCCCCACCAGCAGAGCCCCCACCAACGCAGAGUCCCGCUGCAGCCCUCCGCCUCAGGCUUCAAGGCAGCGGAGAGAACCCUCGCCUUCUCCUUUUGCAGAAAGGAGGCAGACAUCAUCAUGGAGGAAUCCUCGGCUGAAGCCCCGGACUCCAGCACUCAAGACGAUGUGCCUCCCCUUGAUAUGAAGGAUGUUAAUGUGCUGCUUGAGAGGGUGAGGUCUGGCGACACCAGCAGCCCGUCCCGGGAUGACGAUUCCACCUUGCUGAACCCGGGGACCCCCAGCAGCAUCCUCGACGAAAACUCAAAGUCUAAUCCUGGGCUCCCAGAGGCGAGGAGUAAAUCCAGCGGUCUUUGUUUCAGCGAUGGAAAAAGCAGUAUCGACUACAUCCUGGUCUACAGGAAGUCCAGCUCCCUGUCAGAGAAGAGGGAGGUGUUUGAGCGGAACAUCCGUGCCGAGGGCUUACAAAUGGAAAAGGAGGCCUCUAUAACAAACAGUGAUGUGAUUUUUCUGAAGCUUCAUGCUCCAUGGGAUGUUCUUUGUCGCUAUGCAGAGCUCAUGAACAUUCGCAUGCCUUUCAGGAGGAAAAUAUUUUACAUGAACCGACGGCACAAGUUCAUGAGCAGGAUGGAAAAACGCAUCAACAAAUUUCGUGGCUGGCUUCCCCGCAAACCCAUGAAGUUUGACAGCGACACUCUGCCCGACCUGGAGGAGAACGAGAGCUUUACCGCCCCCUUCAGUCGAUCACGAAUUCAUCAUUUCAUCAUCCACAACAAAGACACAUUCUUCAACAAUGCCACCAGGAGCCGCAUCGUCCACCACAUCCUCCAGCGGGUCAAAUAUGAGGAGGGUAAAAAUAAGAUGGGGCUUAAUCGUCUUUUGAGCAAUAACUCGUAUGAAGCAGCUUUUCCUCUUCAUGAGGGGAAGUACCACAGCAAGAACUCCAUCAGAACACACGGAGCAGAAAACCAACGACACCUGCUGUACGAGUGCUGGGCCUGGUGGGGGGUUUGGUACAAAUAUCAACCCCUGGACCUCAUCAGGUACCUUCAGAGGUAUUUUGGGGAGAAGAUCGGUCUGUACUUCGCCUGGCUCGGCUGGUACACGGGGAUGCUGUUUCCUGCGGCUUUGGUCGGCCUCUUGGUAUUCCUGUACGGUUUCUUCACUCUGGAGCACUGCCAGGUCAGUAAAGAAAUCUGCCAGGCCACUGACAUCAUCAUGUGCCCUAUCUGCGACCAGUACUGCCCCUACCUGAAGCUGUCGGACAGCUGCAUCUACGCCAAGGUCACACAUCUCUUUGACAAUGGAGCAACUGUUUUCUUUGCUGUGUUCAUGGCUGUUUGGGCAACCGUCUUCCUGGAGUUCUGGAAGAGACGCAGAGCCGUCCUCGCAUACGACUGGGACCUUAUCGACUGGGAGGAAGAGGAGGAGGAGAUUCGACCCCAAUUUGAGGCAAAAUACUCCAAGAAGGAGAGGAUGAAUCCCAUCUCUGGGAAGCCGGAGCCUCACCAAGACUUCACCGACAAAUACAGCCGCCUCAUCGUCUCAGCGUCUGGGAUCUUCUUCAUGAUCCUGAUUGUGAUUGCCGCUGUGUUUGGCAUCGUCAUCUACCGCGUGAUCACCGUCAGCACCUUUGCGGCCUUCGGCUGGGCUCUGAUCAGGAACAACUCUCAGGUGGCGACCACGGGAACAGCAGUCUGCAUCAACUUCUGCAUCAUCAUGCUCCUCAACGUGCUCUAUGAAAAGGUUGCUCUUCUUCUCACUAAUUUAGAACAACCCAGGACAGAGUCGGAGUGGGAGAACAGCUUUACACUCAAGAUGUUCCUGUUUCAGUUUGUCAACCUCAACAGCUCAACUUUCUACAUUGCCUUUUUUUUGGGAAGAUUUACAGGCCGGCCUGGUGCAUAUCUACGCCUCAUCAAUCGCUGGAAACUGGAAGAAUGUCACCCCAGUGGUUGUCUUAUUGACCUCUGUAUGCAGAUGGGGAUCAUUAUGGUGCUUAAACAAACCUGGAACAACUUCAUGGAGCUCGGCUACCCGCUGAUCCAGAACUGGUGGACCCGGCGGAGGCUGAGGAGGGAGCACGGAGAGACUGCCAAGGCCAGCUUCCCUCAGUGGGAGAGAGACUACAACCUACAGCCAAUGAAUGCCUACGGACUCUUUGAUGAAUACUUAGAAAUGAGUAUGUUGGUUUUACAGUUUGGCUUCACCACCAUCUUUGUGGCAGCGUUCCCUCUGGCUCCUCUCUUAGCGCUGCUCAACAACAUCAUCGUAUUUUUUGAUCUUUCCCGGAUCUGGUACGGUAUCCUGGAGGGAAUCGGCAUCUUGUCCGUCAUCACCAAUGCCUUCGUCAUCGCUGUUACCUCAGACUUCAUCCCUCGCCUCGUUUACGCCUACAAGUACGGACCUUGUGCUGGCCAGGGCCGAGCAGGAGAGAGCUGCAUGAUGGGAUACGUUAACGCCAGUCUCUCGGUGUUUCGAGUGUCCGACUUCGAGAAGAGAUCUGAGCCGCAGAUGUCUGGCUCUGAGCUCAAUGGAGAAGCGGUCAACUAUUGCAGGUAUCGUGACUACAGGGAGCCUCCAGACUCUGCUGAGCCGUACUCGUACACUCUACAGUUCUGGCACGUACUGGCAGCCCGUCUGGCUUUCAUUAUUGUGUUUGAGCAUAUGGUCUUUGCUAUCAAAACCCUGAUUGCAUACCUGAUCCCCGACCUCCCCAAGGACCUGCGGGACAGGAUGCGCAGAGAGAAAUAUCUGAUCCAGGAGAUGAUGUAUGAGGCCGAGCUGGAGAGACUGCAGAAGGAGAAAAAUGAGAAAAAGAGGAAAGACAGGACCCAUCACAAGGAGUGGCCCUGA